UGAAGGCUUAAAUUUUUUCGUUUCCAUGACAUAAGUUACAAUCACAAAUCGAAAAUUUAGUGAUUUUUUUUUUUACAUAUUUCAUUGUAAAAUUAAUAUUAUUUAAUUAUAAAUUAUUAAAAAAAUUUAUUUAAGGAAAAUGAAAUAUAUUCAGUAAGUGCUAAGGUUCCUUAAAAGUUUUUCAAUGACAGAAACAAUGGCAGAAAGUUUGACGGCUGAUGAAAUUGAAAAUGUCCGGGUAGUUGUACGUGUUCGGCCAUUAGAUAAAAUUGAAGAAGAAAGUAAUUGCGAAAAUAUUGUAAGAUGUGAUAUUAUAACAAGAUCAAUAAUUGUUCAUAAACCAAAUACCCCCGGACCACCAAAAUGUUAUUAUUUUGAUAACGUUUUUGGAGAAAAUUCAAGCCAAAUUGAUUUAUAUGUGGAUACAGCACGCCCCAUUGUAGAUAAGGUUUUAGAAGGUUAUAAUGGUACAAUUUUGGCAUAUGGACAAACUGGUACGGGAAAAACUUAUACAAUGUCUGGAAAUCCUGAUUCAUUGCAAACAAAAGGAAUUAUUCCAAAUACAUUUGCGCAUAUUUUUGGUCAUAUAGCUAAAGCUAAGGAUAAUCAAAAAUUUUUGGUCAGAGUGAGUUAUAUGGAAAUAUAUAAUGAAGAAGUUCGUGAUUUACUUGCCAAAGAUCAUAACAAGAAUUUAGAAGUAAAGGAAAGAGCUGAUAUUGGAGUUUUUGUAAAAGAUUUAAGCGGAUAUGUUGUACAUAAUGCUGAUGAUUUGGAUAAUAUAAUGAAAUUGGGUAAUAAAAAUCGUGUUGUUGGUGCUACAAAAAUGAAUGUAGAAUCAUCAAGAUCACAUGCAAUAUUUUCAAUUACUGUUGAAUCAAGUGAAAUGGAUAUGACUGGUGCUCAGCAUGUUAAAAUGGGUAAAUUACAAUUAGUAGAUUUAGCUGGUUCAGAACGCCAAAGUAAAACUCAAGCUACUGGAAUACGUUUAAAAGAAGCUACCAAAAUAAAUUUAUCGCUAUCGGUGCUUGGUAAUGUUAUAAGUGCAUUAGUAGAUGGAAAAAGUACUCAUAUUCCAUAUCGUAAUUCCAAAUUAACAAGACUACUACAAGAUUCACUUGGUGGUAAUUCAAAGACCGUUAUGUGUGCUACUAUAAGCCCAGCUGAUUCGAAUUAUGUGGAAACUAUUUCAACCCUCCGAUAUGCCAGUCGUGCUAAAAGCAUUCAGAAUCGUACUCAUAUUAAUGAAGAACCAAAAGACGCUUUACUCCGUCACUUUCAGGAGGAAAUCGCAGCACUUAAAAAACAACUCGAAGAUGGAUUAUUUGAUCCUGGUUCUGGCGAAGAACUUGAUGAUAUUGAAAACGAAGAAGAUGUGGAUAUUGAAGAUGAAGAAAAUGACGACGAUGAAAAGAAAGAUAAACGAAAGAAAAAUAAUAAAGAAAAAGCAGAUGCUGAAAAGGAAUUGUUGGAAAAGAAAGCCUUAGAAAAUGAACAAGAAUUGAACAAAACAAAGACCGAACAAGAGCAAUUGCGAGCGAAAUUGAAAUCCUUAGAAACAAAAAUCUUGGUUGGUGGUGAAAAUUUAUUAGAAAAAGCCCAAGCACAAGAAAAAUUAUUAGAAAAUUCCAUAGCUGAAUUAGAAAUGCGAGAGAAAACCGAGGAAAUGUUACGUGAAACACUACAGAAGAAGGAGACAGAACGUAUUGAUAUAGAAGAACGAUAUUCAACGUUACAAGAAGAAAAUAUUGGCAAAACUAAAAAACUUCAAAGGGUUAUGCAAAUGUUAAUGGCUGCAAAAGAAGAAUUAUCUGAUCAGCAACAAGAACAUCAAAGGGAAAAAGAGUCUAUUUAUGACAGCAUUAGAAGUUUAUCAAGAGAAUUAGCUUUAUGUGAAUUAGUUUUGAAUUCAUACAUUCCAAAAGAAUACCAGUCGAUGAUUGAACAACAUACACAUUGGAAUGAAGAUAUUGGUGAAUGGCAAUUGAAAUGUGUUGCGUACACUGGUAAUAAUAUGCGAAAACAUGUUCCUGAGAAAAAAAUCAGCGCAAAGGAAUCUGAAUUUGUUGAUUUGUCACAUGUUUACCUCAGUUACAAUACGGAAUCUGUUUCAAAUGCAGUUCGAAGUAAAUCGGCCGUAAGACCACGUACAUCAGGUGUACCACGUCCUACAACAUUAGUAAAAAAAUACUAGCUACUCUGAUCUAGUCCAAAAUUCAAUGAACUAAUCAAAAAAAAAUAAUAUUAUAUUUAUUAAUUUAUAUUGAUAUGAUAUUUAAAAUGACAUUUUAAAAACAGUUUUUAAACAGCCUAUUUUUUAUUCAGACAAAUAAGUUUUUGUUAUUUUUGAACAGUUUUUAAUUUUAUUUAAAAUUGUAUCCGUCGAAGAUGCUUUUUGCUCUAUUUUAAAACAUACAAUAUUUAAAUUAAAAUCUUGUCUUUUGUACUCUUUUAUGUGCUAAAGAUUUUUAAGUAUUUAUAAAAAAUAUCAAUUAAAAAUUAUGUAUUUAAUUGUGUUUAAAUUGUUUAGUUAUUCAAUACUUUUGGCACAAACUUUAUUUGUUAUUUAU